AUGCACAUAGGGAAGAACAUAUGUGAAAAUUUGUUGGGGACAUUUUUGGGCAUAGAUGGAAAGAACAAGGAUAUGGAAAAGGCACGCAAGGAUUUGGAGGAUAAGGAAUUACGCAAGGAGUUGCACCUAAAGAAGCGUGCAAAUGGGUCAUUUGAAAAGCCCCCGGCCAUGUACACAUUAUCAGCGAAAGAGAGAGAAGGCUUUUGCAAUUUCUUGAAAUCGAUCAAGUACCCAGAUGGAUAUGCUGCAAACAUCUCUAAAUGUGUGAACACUCGUGGUGGCAAGCUAUCGGGGCUCAAAAGUCAUGAUUGUCAUGUCCUUUUGCAAAGGCUUCUCCCGAUUGGUAUGUGUGGCUAUUUGAACAAGGAAAUUGGAAUCGCGUUAUUUGAGUUUAGUAGCUUCUACCAACAGUUGUGCUCAAAAACAGUGAGGAAGAGCGAUUUGGAUAAACUUCAGGAGAACAUUAUACUUGUGCUUUGCAAGUUUGAAAAGAUUUUCCCUCCCGCUUUCUUUGACGUAAUGGUACACUUGGCUAUUCACCUGCCUCGCGAGCUUAAACUAGGAGGGCCAGUGCAUUAUCGAUGGAUGUACCCCAUUGAAAGACUACUUGGAGUUUUGAAAAAAUUAGUUGGCAAUAAAGCUCAUCCUGAAGGUUCAAUUGUGGAGGCUUACGUUUGUAAAGAAUGUACAACCUUUUGUUCCAUGUAUCUCGAUGGAAUUGAGACAGUGUUUAAUCGCCAAGAACGGAAUGACGAUGGUGGUGAGCAUGAUGUGGGGUUAAGGGCUUUCACUCAGCAAAUCCGUCCCUUUAGUAUAAUCUCGAGAGCACCUGAUGUACCUGUUGACCAACGUGACAUGGCUCAUUGGUUUGUCUUGAACAAUAGCCCUGAAGUAGAACCAUAUCUAGAGAUACACAAGAAUUUGUUGGGAAAUGGCAAUACAUUUGACAUUGCGAAGAGACAACGCAAAGAGUUUCCUCAGUGGUUCAAACGGCAUGUGAAUGAAUUGCGGAAGCAAGGGUCUCCAGAAGCAACUAAUGAGUUAUGGUCAUUGGCCAACGGACCCGGGCCAAUAAUAAACACAUAUUCAGGGUGCAUUUCUAAUGGCGUCCGUUUCCUUACUAUUGAACGGGACAACCGUCAUACAACUCAAAAUAGUGGGGUGGUAGUGGAAGGGGAGCAUGAAGGCCAGACAAUAAACUUUUACGGUUUCUUAACCAAAGUAUGGGAAAUGACCUAUUUAUUCGGUCAUCGAGUUGUUUUGUUCCAGUGUGAAUGGUACAAUUCCGGUUGUAGUAGAUUUUUUUGGGUUGAUGCACAUUGCUCAAGUAUUGAUGUAAGAAGUCGAUGGUAUAAGGAUGACCCAUUCGUUUUUCCAAGUCAAGUCCAACAAGUUUUCUACAUUGCAGAUACCAAGUUGGGUGAGCAUUGGAAAGUAGUAGAACGAAUUCACCGUCGAGGAAUCUGGAAUGUCCCAGAGACGAAAAGUUUUGAAACCAGCGGGUCUCCCAAUGAAGUUUUCCAGCAGGAAAUAACUACUGAGGUUCCAACAAUUGUCGUUGAAGAUCCUCCCAUCGUAUCCUCUUUGCGGAGAAAUGAUAUUGAACCUGCAAUUACUAGUGAGGAAGAAGAUCAUAGCGAUGAGUAUGAAGAAAACUUAAUGGCUGAUCUAGACGAUGAAGAAGAGGAAGAAAAUCAUAGUGAUUCUGAUGAUGAUUUUGACAUAGAAGCUUAA